AUGGAAACGGCAGCCACCUUCCACUGCGACGAUCUCAGCAAAUUAUAUGCAUCUGAAGAUGAGGAAGAUCGUCUUCCGAGUGAUUCAGAAGAGAAGAGACCUGCAAAUGCACCGUUGAUUAAACUAAGGGGUGUAGAACUUCAACUUUCUGCAGAAGCUUCGGCUGUGCGCUGCAAUAGCAAGGGUAGAGGCAGUGUGUACAACCCUGUAUUUGGCAUAUGCUGCCAUUUCUGCAGGCAAAAGAAAUUAUGUGGUGAAGAAGACUGCAAAAGAUGUGGCUAUUUUGAUGUAAAUGAGCCGUGCCUAGGAAAGACUGAUUGUUCUGCAUGCCACUCUAGUACCGGUGUUUUCUGCAGAGCAUGCCUCAAGGUUCGCUAUGGUGAAGAAUUGGAGGAAGUGAGAGAGAACAAACAAUGGAUGUGCCCUCAUUGCAUAGAAGCUAAAGGAAUUAACCCUUACUGGAUAUGCAACAGCUCACUAUGCCUGAAGAAACGCAACAUAGCUCCAACUGGAAUUGCAAUAUUCAGAGCUCGCCAAAUGGGAUAUGAAUCAGUGGCGCAUUUUCUUAUGGAUGAACUCAAAAGAAAAGAUCCAAAAAGAUGCAAAACUUGAAGGAUACGCGUGUAAUGUGAGAUCAAGGUUUGAUAGGGAUUUUAA